GCACCGUCUUGUUGGCUUCACCCCUACCAACUAUUUUUUCCCCCCACGCCGCGGUCUUCAAUCAUGGCCACCAACCCGUAUUUGCGCGGGCCAGGGGCAUACCUUUGGUAUUUUUGGACUGCAGCGCGGUUUUACUACAAAGUGCCCUUCCCUAUCUAUUAUAUCUGCUCAUUUCCCUCCUCGUCUUUUUCCCUGCCUCUUUGCCCUCUGCAUUUCGGUGGUACAUAUAUAUUCUAAAUGGAACUUGGAAGAGAGACGUCGCCGGGCUAAACAGCUUCUUAAAGUAUACGCUAAAGAGCGCCGCGCCGGUACUACUGCUGGUAAUGAUAGCAAUUCAUCACGCAAUAUUUAUCCCAGAGUCGAAAGUAAGCGCCUCUGGUGUUAACGGUUAUGGUGCAGCUGUUGAGCACACUGAUAUCCAAGCCGACAGUAUCUGGGUCGAUCUCUGCCGCAACUGUCGUGUUGCGAGAGAUGCGUGCAAAGCAUUUCUUGAGGAUUAUGUGAUUCGGUCUAUCAUCAACGUUCCGACCCUUGACUCAGCAGAAGAGGAGAAGGAAAAACAAUACGUAACAACCGCACUUACGAUCUCAACACCUUGCUUGCAUCAAAGAAUAUAUCAGCAUUCAUACACCAUCAUCCUGGAUAUCGCGUCAUUAAUCGACACCGACUCGAAUGAGUUGACUGUGUCGCCUACCCAACAGGCUCCCUCCGCCUCGGUCCCCUCCUUGUCUUGUCGAUUUGGCUUUGUGGUACCUGAAAUCCCUCCAGCGUCAACUCCGACUUCGGUAUUGCGUUCGAGUAACAAGCGCAGCAGGCCGCCAUCCGAAUUGCCAACACCAGAAAAAUGCAAGUGGUCUACUGAGGAGGAUAAUAAGAUUAUCAACCUCCGGGGCCAAGGGAAUAAAUGGGACGAUAUCUCGAAGCUCCCUCCAGGACGGAGCUCUGUCAGUUGCCGUCUUCACUACCCAAACUAUUUGGAGCAGCCUGAGCGGGAUGAAGAGCGUAAGAAUGAGUUUGCAAGGAAAUACGAGAGGCUGAAAUCUGAGAUGUGGACCAUACUGGCAAAGGAAAUGCAGGUCGCUGAGGCAAUGAAUUGGAAACUAGGCAAGAUUGAAAUGGUGAGGCGGGCGGGGGUGGUUCUGUCUUUACAAUAUCACCGGUCUCUAGCCGUACGCGAGAGUCUUCCGUCGAGAUCUUCUUCCACCGAGCCCCUCGACAACGGCUAUGGACCACCACCACUGCCGACAACCUCUGCCCAGGUUACCGAGACUCGACGGGAGCUCCUAGUGCCAGUCCCAUCCACAGGGCUACCGUCAGACCUUGGCUUUCGCCACCGGGGUACGUAUCAUCUGAGUGUAAAUGGAAAGCGGGGGUAA